GAUAAGUCAACCACAUCUACAUCUACAGCACGUCAUACCCUCUUUUGCCUGAACAACAGGCAACCUUAGUUUCUCACGUGUUUUUUCUCUUAGAUUUAUAAAUAUGGUCGAAGUCAACUCGGUUCCAGUUAAAAAGAAAAAGGUGUGCAAACGGCAUAAGAAAAACUGGAGGAAGUACAUCAGUACCAAAGAUGUAGAUGACUUUCUAGACGAAAAGAGGCUCGAAGAGCGUAUCGGUGGACCUGUGAAGGAGAGAAAAGACAAGGAACUGUUCGUCAUCGACACGAAAACUAACAAGGAAAAUGAUACUGCACAGAUUAAGACCCUGUCAAAGAAGGAGAAGGCCAAACUUCCUCCGACAUGCUUUAAACUUCUCCAGCCUCUUACAGCAGUCCCAGACCCUAUAACAAAAAGAAAUCGUGUAAGGACAAAAAUUGAGCGUAUGAGUUCUAUCAGGAAAUAUUUUAAAUUUUAUAAAAGGAGCCAAGGGUUCAUUUCAAAAAAAGAACUCGAUGCAAAAAAACAGAGAUCGCUUACGCUGAAAAAAAAGAAAGAACAACCAACUGAGCAUGUUUUCAACAAAGACAUCUGGACAGAAAAAGAAGAAAACGAGGUUAAGAACAACGAAUGGUUUACUGAAGACACAGUAAGGCACACUCUCACAAACACAAAUGCCUUAAAGGUAAAAGUUCCAAAGAGUCUGCGUACUAAGAAGUCAGUCAUCCCCGCCAUUGAAAACCCUCACCCAGGGAUAUCCUACAAUCCUUCAAUAAAAGAUCAUAAAGAUCUUUUACAAAUCGUUAUUGACAAAGAAUGCGAUAAGUUGAAGGAAGAGGCACACAUUAAGAGAGUCACGACAGACGCUUUUAACAAAGUUUCCCCACAAGAGAGAGAUAAAAUGCAUCUUGAUGAAUUGACAGAAGGGCUUUUUAAAAUGGAAACUGAGGUUAAAGAAGAGACAGAGGAUGAAGGGGAAAAUAAAGAAACCAAACCACCAGUAAAGCCCACAAAAAUGAAAACCAGGAAGCAAAAGAGGAAGCAGAAGGAAGAAAAACAAGCAGCACUAAUGAGAAAAUAUGCAAAAGUUGAAAAGAAGAAAAUUGCUGAUAUACACAAAUUGCGAUUCAUCAAAACCGAUUUAGAAAAGGCAGAGGAAAAAUCUGUAAAAAAACAAGAAAAAAAGAAAAAUCGGGCUAUCGAAAACGUCGGAAAAACUAAAAGAUUGGGCGCUAAACUUUUCGAGGAGCCUGAUCUGGAAUUCAAUAGGCAAACCGAUCUUCGGGGAAGUCUAAGAUUGAUGAAACGCGAAGGAAACCUUCUUCUCGACCGUUUCUACAGUUUGCAGAAAAGAAACGUCCUCGUUCCAUGUACCAAACAACUCCCAAUGAAGAAAUCUAAAGUUAAAAAAUUUGUCAAAGCUUCUCAUAAGAUGGAUAACAUUGUAAAUAAAAAGAAAUAAAUUUUUUUUUUCUUUUA